AUGACCCUUUACAAGGUUAAUGAAAGGGCACCCAGCCCCCAUCAUCCCCUGUUGCCAGAAUAUUCCACUUGCAACUUCAGACAGACACUAAGAAAGACUGGGGGUGGGGGACUGCCCAACUUGGGCAACGGCCCAUCGGGAAGUGUCCAGUAUGCCAGACCACCCUGGACUAGACCCAGAUACUGCAGGAUUAACCUGAGUGUCCCAGUCCUGGACCGUUCCUUCAACCAGCAAGAUCCGAGACCAGACAUUUGUUUGAGCAGGGAGUCCCUUUCAGUGCUGCUGAAUCUGCUGAACCAAGAUCGGAGUCGUGGUUGGGGUGCCACAAUUGAGACCCUGGUGUUUCUUUUCUGGUUGGCAAGCGGAGCAUCUUACAGGGUGGUCUCCAGAGCGUUCGGGAUACCUCGUUCGACUGUCCACCGCAUCGUCCACAGAGUCACGGAGGAGGUUGUGGCCAUUCGCCACCAGGUCAUCCACCUUCCAAAAACCCCUGAAGACCUGGAGGUGGUGUCCCAGGGGUUUGCAGGGCUUUUUUCAAAGCUGCAGGUGCCAUCGACGGCUGCCACAUCAGGAUCAAGCCUCCAAGCGGCCCUGAUGGUCACUGUUACAGGAACAGGAAACUGUUCCCCUCUAUCAUCCUGCAGGCUGUGUGUGACCAUCAGGGCCACUUCACUGACACCUACGUGGGCUGGCCGGGGUCGGUGCACGACUCCAGGGUGCUCCGCCACAGCCCGCUGUACAGGCAGUCAGUCAGUCUACCCUCCUCCAGGGCACUUCAUCCUCGCAGAUGGUGGGUACCCAUGCCUGCAAAGCCCACUCCCACUCAUCUCUCCCUACAAACGUGGGAAUCAAGGUGUGGCUGCCCAGCGCUUUAACAGCCAUCAUUCCAAGGCACGCUCUGUGAUAGAGCGUGCUUUUGGAAUGAUGAAAACCAGGUUCAGAGCCAUCUUCCUGCAAGCGCUGGAGGUCCACCCCACCUUUGUGCCUCACGUUGUUACCGCUUGUGCCAUCCUCCACAACAUCUGCCUCAGUGCUGGGGACUUUGUGGUGGCGGAGGAUGAGCCUGAGGAGGAUGGUGGAGAUGAUGAGGGGGAGGCUGGUUUGGAGGAUGCCAGCGGUGCACGCUGGCGGGACCAGCUGUGCUGUGAGGUGUCUGCCCUGGAGGAGGUUCCACUGGAUCAUGACUACUAUUAACAGGUAUCAAAUGAAUGAAUUUACAUUUUUUUUAAUAGUCUAACAUUUCACCAAUAGUAUGUAGAUUUUGUAUUUAUUAUCUCCUAUUUGUCUAUUUAUGUUUCAGUCUUGGUCAUGUAGCAGCCGUCGACAGCCAGCCCUGCAAACCGA